AUGAAGCAGACAUCAAUGAUCCUCUCUAUGGUUAUCCCCGGAAAACACAUGCCUGGUAAUGAUAUUGAUGUCUACUUGCAGCCACUUAUCAAAGAGUUGAAGGAGUUAUGGUUUGAUGGGAUUGAAACGUUAGAUUCUUCGACAAAGCAAACUUUUAACAUGAGAGCAGCUCUUAUGUGGACAAUUAGUGAUUUUCCUGGUCUUGGAAAUUUGUCGGGUUGGAAUACAUAUACAGCAUCAGCAUGUCCAAGCUGUAAUUAUGAUGGAAUCGGACAACGUUUACGCCACGGAAAAAAAAAUUGUUUUAUCGGUCAUCGCCGAUUUCUUCCUCCAGAUCAUGGUUUUCGUCAGAUCACUGCACAUUUUGAUGGGAAAACAGAAACUAGGCAUCCACCAGCCACACUGACAGGCUCUACAAUUGUUCAACAACUACAACAAGUUGAUGUUACCCUUGGUAAGAAGAAUAGUUUAGUUGGUGUUGGAAGAAAGAGGGAUCGAAGUGAUGCUGGAAGAUCUAGUACUCAACAGUGGAAGAAAAGAAGUAUAUUUUUCGAGCUGCCCUAUUGGGAAGUUACAAUGUUGCGACAUAAUUUGGAUGUCAUGCACAUAGAGAAGAAUGUGUUUGACAAUCUAGCCUACACAUUGUUGGAUGACAAAAAUAAAUCUAAAGAUAAUCUGAAUGCUAGAAAAGAUCUUCGUGAGAUGGAUGGUUAUGCUUCAAACAUAUCAAGUUGUGCUGAUGUUAGUGGUCGAAAGCUAGCAGGCUUAAAAAGCCAUGAUUGUCACGUGAUAAUGAGAGAUUUAUUUUCAGUCGCAGUUCGAAAUCUGCUGGCAACAGAUGUGACAUCAGCCAUUGUCGAGAUCUGUCAGUUUUUUAGAGAUAUAUCUGCAAAAGUUCUUGAUAUCAAUGAGCUUGAUAGAUUACAAGAUCGUAUUGUGGUGACUUUAUGCCUACAUCUCACAGAAGAGGCAAAACUUGGUGGACCAGUUCCAUUUCGUUGGAUGUAUCCGAUUGAAAGGAAAUAUAAAAAUGAGUUGUUGACGAAACAGACUCAUCAAAGCAAUAGGCAUCGUGCUAUUGACAUUGAUCGAGAAAUGCAUCUUAAUAUUGCAAACUGGCUCAAACAGAAAGUAGAGUCAAAUGAGUUAGAUGGGAUAACUGAUGAUAUACGGUGUUUAGCUUUGGGUCCAUCUGAUAAAGUUUUGAAGUAUACAGCUUAUAAUAUCAAUGGUUGCAAGUUCCGUACAGCGGAAAGAGAAGCUAAUUUGAAAACACAAAAUAGUGGUGUUUAUGUGGCUGCUGAGACUAUGAGCUAUGCUAGUUCUCGUGAUCCUAACCCAAGAACAGGAAUUGUUCCAUACUAUGGCAACCUUACCGAAGUUAUGGAGCUCAACUACUAUGAAGUUUUCAAAGUUGUAUUAUUCAAGUGUACGUGGGCGGACACUCGUACGGAACGAGGAUACAAAACAGAUACAUAUGGUCAUCAUAUGGUAAAUUUUUCACGCUUGUUACACACUGGGGACAAUGCAGAGGAUGAACCAUAUAUAUUGGCGUCUCAAGCAAAAAUGGUUUACUACGUUAAAGAUCCAUCUGAAUUAGAUUGGAAUAUUGCAAUUCAUAUGCAGCCGAGAGACGUAUAUGAUAUGGGUGAUCCAAAUGGCUCAGAACAGUUGAAUGAUGAAUCUGAUCAAGAUUAA